GUUAAUCGGCUGCAUGUAUUUCCUUUACGGAAAUUAGGUCGAAAACAAAAUCUAGUUUUAGCAAUAUCGUUCAGUGAUGAUGAAGCAACAGUAGAAAAGUAGUUUAGACAGACGAUAAGAAUAGCUGUAAAAAAAACAAAAUGAAUGUGGAAUUUGCAACAGAACCUACGCACGUGUUAUCAAAAAUUAAGGCUGAGCGCCAACAAAGCAAAUUCAUGAACUGUUUUAAGAAUGUUUUGUGCUGUCGUGGAGAUGAGAAAGAAGACAAACGAAAUGCGUUGAUGAAGAAGGCAGGAGGCUAUCGCGUAGAUUACCGGGGUCUUAGCGAAUACAGACAGAGGUACUUUGCAGAUAUUUACAUCUCUCUCGUUGAUCUACCAUGGCGGUAUGCGGUAGCUGUGCUUUUCAACGUUUUCCUUGUCUGCUACUUGAUAUUCGCCUUCCUGUGGUGGUGGAUGGCUUACAACAAUGGCGAUUUCGACAACAUUGGCAACCCUCACCACGAGCCGUGUCUGAUGGGCAUCGAUUCCUUCCCAGCCGCUCUUCUCUUCUCCAUAGAAACGCAGACGACCAUCGGGUACGGAUUCGCGUACCCAAACGCGGAGUGCGUGGGGAGUCUUCCCCUCAUCUAUCUCCAAGUCACCAUAGGCUUCUUCUUAGAGACUCUGCUUCUCGGGUUCAUCUUUGUCAAGUUGGCUCGACCGAAGUACCGCGCCAACACUAUCAUGUUCAGCAAGCAGGCCAUCAUCUGCAAAGAAGAUGGCGGGCUGUGCUUGCAGGUGCGUAUUGGCGACCUCAGAAAGAGUCAUCUCGUGGACGCUCACAUCACGGCGAUGCUAAUCCGGAGGCACAGGACCGAAGAAGGAUACACAUAUCCUUUGUAUCAGCAUGAACUAGAAUUUGAAGCCAAUGGAAUGGGUGAUAGGAUCUUCCUGCUUUGGCCGUUGAUUCUGACCCACAGGAUCACGGAGGAGAGUCCUCUCUGGGACGUGAAACCAGCGGACAUGUGUUCUGAGAACUACGAGAUCCUCGUCUUCUUGGAGGGAACUGUAGAAGCCACUGGCGAGUGUUGCCAGGCCCGGACAUCGUACACGCCGAAGGAAAUCCUCUGGGGACACAGGUUCGAGAGGGUGGAGGAGUAUGAUAUUGGACUAAGGCGCUGGCAUAUUGAUUUCUCGGGCUUCAAUGAUGUCAUUUAUUGCCAGAAUUUACGCCACAGUGGCCUGGAACUAUCAAAGUUGGAAAACGGUGAGACGGAACCUGACAAUCCCGACAAAGUUCGAGCUGAAGCGAAAAUUAGGCAGGCAUUGACGCCAAACCCGAGAUAUGACCUGCAUUUUAAUCAGUCUGCUGAAGAGGGAGCCACGACCACCCAUCGUCUGCCAGACAGCACGAGCGGAGCUGCACUUUUAGCAAACGAGGAAACAGAGGAGGAGGUCUAGAUACGAGGCUAUGUCAUGAAGAGCAUGAAGAGAUUAUAACUGGAUUUUGCCGACGCGGAUAUCUGAAGAUAGUAACCAAACCCUAGAUAUCUGAAGAUAGUAACCAAACCCUAGAUAUCUGAAGAUAGUAACCAAACCCUAGAUAUCUGAAGAUAGUAACCAAACCCUAGAUAGCUAAAAGCAAUCAUGAUUUUAUGCACGAUUUUUGGAGCCGGUAUUCGAACACGAAACCAGUACACUGUCAUCUUCCUAUCCCCUCCCCCCCCCCCCCCCCCUCGCUCCCUCCCUAGCCUUAAGUCAGGUGGUUUACCCAAUGUGUCUGCCACUACAUAUUUAACGUAUUCUUAUACAGGAUGUCAGUAUUAUGCAAUAUUCAUUACUCACUUUCUUCAAACAACUCAUCUGUUAUGUCUAUCAAUGUGCAUUAGUAUAUACUCAACAACGAAAGUUUAGCAAAUAUUUCUUAUGACGUCUAAAUGUGCCAUGGUUGAAUAAACUUAAAAGAAAACCAGGUCCUCCUGUUGUGUUAAGGCAAAGGUUGAUGAGUUUAUGUUGUUUGUAAAUGGUAAACAUUUCAGAAUACUAAUUAAUAAAAAUAGGUUAAUUUAUAAAUGCUAUGCCAUUUCUUUUAACAUUAGCUAAACUUUCGUUGUUGAGUAUAUAUGUGGCGGUGGAUUUAGACCUUCUUUUGCUGGCGAAUUACAUUUUACCAUCUUGGCCUAUCGCGUAUUUUACUACCAAUAUUCCAGUCAGCACACGGUUUGCGUCAUUCCCUUUCCUUGUACCGCCCUCCUUUUUUACAAAACACUACAUCCAUGUUAAUUAUUAAAAAAUAAAUAUUACUUUUAAUUAAGUAGGAUGAUUCUAAAUUGUUCAGUAAAUAGGUUAAGUUUGGUUUGUUAAUAUGUAUGAUGUGUUAAAUGUAUGAAAUAUUAUGAAUAAAGCCAAUUAACAGAU